AUGUCGAACGCGAUGAACGAUGAGGAGGUCAUCACCGAGCUGAAGAAGAUGGUGGCCUUCAUCCGCCAGGAGGCUGUUGAGAAAGCGCGCGAGAUCCAGGUCAAGGCUGACGAAGAGUUUGCCAUCGAGAAGGCCAAGAUUGUGCGUCAGGAGAGCAUGAACCUCGACACACAGUUUGACAAGAAAAAGAAGCAGGUGGAAGUGUCGCAGAAGAUCGCCAAGUCGAACCAAAACAACAAGGCUCGUCUGGAGGUGCUCAAGUCUCGCGAGGAAAACCUGCAGAACUUGUUCUCGGCGGCGCAAGAGCAGCUGGCGACACUGAGCAAGGAUGGCAAGGCGUACAAGGAGCUGCUUAGCAAGCUGCUUCUGGAAUGUCUGUUGAACCUGCACGAGCCGACCGUGGAAGUCCUGGCGCGCUCGACGGACGUCCAGAAUGUCCAGAGCGUCGUCAAGGACGCGGUGAAGCAGUACAAGGAGAUGACCGGCCGCGAGACGGAAGUUGACGUGAAGGAAGGUCUUUCGAAGGAUUCCGCUGGCGGUCUCAUUUUGACGGCUCAGCAGGGCCGGAUCCGCUUGGACAAUACGCUGGAGCAGCGCCUGAAACUCCUCGAGGAGCAGAUGCUCCCGGAGCUGCGUCUUGACCUGUUCGGCCCCAACAAGAACCGGAAGUUCUUCACAUAG